AGUUUUCUUGAACAAACCCCAACUACUUUUUUCCUCUUUCUCUCUCUCUAUCUCGCUUUCGACAUGGCACCAAUGUGAAAUUGAGAGAGAGAGACUGGCAAUGCUUAACCAAAAAAACGUUGAAUUCGUGUUCAGAGAUCAGUUGAGAGGUGUUUGUUUUAAGAACAUUUCGGAACGAAGCGUGUGAUCUCAGCCUUUUUUCUCUAUUUAGUAAAAAUUUCAAGCUCUAUUAUGAGCUGAUAAUUUAUUUUGGUUUUACUAUUGUAUUCAGAAAACAAUGCAGCUCAAACAAUUCUUAAGAUCAUCAUCAUUUGGGAGCUGCAGCUCAAAGCGAUCAACAUACAGUAGGAACUUCGACUUACCGGAAGAUACGCCGGCGACGGAGAUAUUGGACACCGGGCCGGAGUAUGUCGGAGGAGCAAUGUUACCGAUUUUCCUCAACGAUUUGCGGCAAAACAGCGACCUGCAGGAUUUAGUGGAAGUUACGCUAGAAUUGGAUGAUAAUUCAAUUGUUUUGUGUAGCGUAGCACCAACACCAACACACAAUGCAGAAGGUAAUGGAAGUGAAGAAGAAGCUCCCAACGGGUUUUUAGCACGUAGUGCGUCGGCGGCGUCGAAACUUCGCCGGAAAUUCUCGUGGAUCCGAUCGCCGUCAGUGAGGUCACGGACGUCGGCGGCGCCAUCAGAAGAUGAUCAUUUUCAGUUUCAUAAUCACAACAGUAAUCAUAACAAUACAACAAACACUGCACGAGAAGAGAUGAAGUCGAAAUUGAAGCUUGUAAGGAGUAAAUCAACGGCUCAGCGCGCGCUUGGAGGAUUAAGAUUCAUAAGUAAAACAACAGGUGAAUCUGAUACGAAUGUGCAAUGGAAAAAAGUAGAGGCGCGGUUUGAUGCUUUGGCAAAAGACGGUUUGCUCGCUAGAGAAGAUUUUGGUGAUUGCAUUGGAAUGACGGAUUCGAAAGAGUUUGCAGUGGGAGUUUUUGAUGCACUGGUACGGCGGCGGCGUCAAAAGACGGCGAAGAUAACUAAAGCUGAGCUUCACGAAUUUUGGUUGCAAAUUUCUGAUCAAAGUUUUGACGCUCGUCUCCAAAUUUUCUUUGACAUGGCGGACAGAAACGGAGAUGGAAAAAUCACGAGAGAUGAAGUCCAAGAGCUAAUAAUGCUGAGUGCUUCCGCAAAUAAGUUGUCGAAAUUGAAGGAACGUGCAGCCGAGUAUGCUUCUUUAAUUAUGGAGGAAUUGGACCCUGAUGAUCUUGGUUACAUUGAGUUAUGGCAAUUGGAAACACUUCUUUUGCAAAGGGACAAUUACAUGAAUUACAGCAGACCGUUAAGCACAACAAGCGUCGGAUGGAGUCAGAAUUUAGGAACUCGUAGCAAGACCAGGAACUUAGUAAAGAGAGCAAGUUAUGGACUCAAAUGCCUUGUAUUAGAUAACUGGCAAAGGGGCUGGAUUCUGUUGCUAUGGGUGAUGAUUAUGGCUGGACUUUUCACCUGGAAAUUCUUGCAGUAUAGGCGAAGAGCUGCAUUUCAAGUUAUGGGUUACUGCUUGACAACUGCUAAAGGGGCUGCAGAGACUCUCAAACUCAACAUGGCACUUGUCCUUCUACCAGUUUGUCGAAACAUUUUAACAUGGCUACGGUCUACUAGGGCCAAGCUCCUUGUUCCUUUUGAUGAUAAUAUCAAUUUUCACAAGAUUAUUGCAUAUGCCAUUGCAAUUGGAAUCUUGCUUCACGCGGGAAACCAUUUAGCGUGUGAUUUUCCUCGUCUGAUUAACUCAUCUCCUGAGAAAUUUGCACUAAUAGCUUCUGAUUUUGACAACGUGAAGCCCACUUUCAAAAGCCUCUUGACCGGUAUUGAAGGUAUUACUGGCAUUGCUAUGGUGAUUUUGAUGGCGAUUGUCUUCACACUAGCAACACGAGGCUUCAGGAGAAAUGUAUUGAAGCUGCCACCUCCUUUCAAUCGAUUAACAGGGUUCAACGCAUUUUGGUAUUCUCAUCACCUUCUAGCAGUGGUCUAUGUACUCCUAAUAGUACAUGGAACGUUCCUGUUCUUGGUUCACCAAUGGUGGCAGAAAACAACAUGGAUGUACAUCUCCAUGCCGUUGCUCCUCUAUAUAGCCGAGAGGAGUUUGAGAACAUGCAGAUCAGAACACUACACAGCAAAGAUUUUGAAGGUUUCUGUACUUCCAGGAGAUGUCUUUAGCCUUACCAUGUCAAAGCCAAAUGGUUUCAAAUACAAGAGUGGGCAAUACAUAUUCCUGCAGUGCCCAACAAUCUCCUCAUUUGAAUGGCAUCCAUUUUCUAUAACAUCAGCACCAGGAGAUGACUACCUCAGUGUUCACAUCCGCAUUGUAGGAGAUUGGACGAACGAACUUAAGCGGGUUCUCACAGAGGAUGAUAGUUCAGCAUGUGAAAUCGGGCGGGCUAAGUUUAAAGAACGUGGGAAUGUUGAUCAAAGAGGUUUACCUCGAUUGCUUGUUGAUGGACCAUAUGGCGCCGCAGCACAGGACUAUCAAAAUUAUGAUGUCUUACUCCUUGUGGGACUUGGUAUUGGCGCUACCCCUUUUAUAAGUAUCCUAAAGGAUCUAUUGAACAAUUCAAGAUCAGAAGAACAACUGGUACAAAUUUUACUUCCAAGUUGGNGCUCAGCUAUAUCUUUUCUGAUGAUUUCAAUGAAACAGGGUCUGAUAGAGAUGCACAAUUAUCUGACGAGUGUGUAUGAAGAGGGCGAUGCCAGGUCAACUCUCAUCACUAUGGUCCAGGCGCUCAACCAUGCAAAACAUGGUGUUGACAUCCUGUCUGGCACUCGGGUAAGGACUCAUUUUGCAAGGCCCAAAUGGAAAGAAGUAUUCAGCAAAAUAGCUUCAAAACAUCCAUACUCCACAGUAGGAGUCUUCUAUUGCGGGUUGCCUGCCUUGGCAAAGGAAUUGAAGAAGCUAUCACAAGAAUUGACUUACAAGACAUCCACAAGAUUUGACUUCCACAAGGAGUACUUUUGAAAUAGCAAAUUUCGCAAACAAGCGACACGGUAUACUUUUUUUCUUUUUAUUUUUUGUAAUUGUCCAUAGAUUAAGAGGAAUGCAUGUACCAAUACACAUUGAUUCAGAGAAAUGUAAAUGCAUAUAUAUCAUACAAGUUACAAUAGAGAAAGAAAUCAAAAGAGUAGAGUUCUAUC